AUGCGGACUUACAGGUCACACGGCGACCCAUUGCCCGAACCAGGGAAACGCCAAGAUCGGGCAGUGACGGCUGUCCUUUGCUACAUCCCCCAAGAUACAGACAACAGCCUAACAAUCAUCAUUGGCAUCAAGGACAAACGCGUCACAGCGCUGAUCGACACUGGAGCCACCAGGUCAUUCAUGGCAACCAACGUUGCAGCCAAAGUAGGGCUCACACCCCAUCCGACAAAGGCAAAGAUCUCCACAGCCGUCUUACACAUCUCCACCAACAUCAGCCACUCGACAGGAACACAACCGGCAGACAAACAUCUCAAAGCCGUACAAGCGUUCCCCAAACCCAAGACCACAAAGCAAAUGCGGAGGUUCUUGGGACUCGCAACGUACCUGCGCUCGCACGUACGAACCAAUUUUGCAAAUCUUGAAAAAACCCUAUGCAACACGAUCCCCUUGAAACCAGCCACGGCGCUCAAAUGGACGCCAGAAGCAGAGGCCACCUUUGAAGCCCUAAAACAGGCCAAUAGACAUCGCCAACCCAAAUUUAAACUCGGCCAAAUGGUAACCCUCAGGCCACAACUGAAAACAACAGAAAAACACGCCGCAAACCGGCGCUUCUUACCAAAACGCUUCGGACCUUUCCGAAUCACAGCAAUCCUUGGCAAAGCAAAAUAUUGCAUCCAAACCCUAGCGGGCAAUCGACAAGCAAAUGCCUGGGAGUUACAAGCAUAUAACUUUCCCGUCGCGCCACCCCCUACUAUACCAAAAUAUCUAAUGAAACAACAUAGUACAAAAUCCCUCUGUUCACUGGAUACGGAAGAAACCAAUCGGCCUCGAUUUUGCCUGGACCCAGGGACACUCGACGCUACAAAUGAAUCCAACAACAAAGCCCAUCCCACGACGAGCUCCCCCAAAGUGCAUCAGGCAUGCAGCGAGACGCCCAACCAGGCCCCAGCUAUGCCAGACCGCUCUCUGCCAUGCACUCCCACCGCGACAUCACCCGUAUCAAGCGUCGACAUUCCGCCAUUCAACAGCCCUCCCCAGGAACCAACACUGCCGCCUCAACCGGAUCUAACAACCGCCGCAAAUGCCGCCGAUUCCCCAGCUCCAGUAGCUCCAAAUUGUCAGUGGAGGAAGCGCCAGCGGACAUCAAGCCCCGCCGCCGGACACUGGCACAACCGCUCAACGGCACAGGACCCAUCACGGACAACAAAUACUAGCAACAACAACCUCACCUCAACAGAAUCUCAGGACGCCCAAGGAUCUUGA